AAUUGCUUAUUUCGUACCUUGUUUCAGGAAAGGGAUUAAGAAAGUGGCAACUCUCCCAAGAUAACAAAACUGAAGAUGAAAAAGAGGUGUGAGAGUGAAGUUUAGAAGAGACAAAUGGGAAACAUUGGAUAGGAGAAAGACAGCAUUGGUUUAUCUAAGGCAAGUAACGUUCUGUGAUAUGCAAAAAAAAAAAAAGAGAGUGAAAAGACAGCUUUACUGAAAUCACCAGAAGAAAACAUCGUGUAGCUUUAGAAGGACCAAGACUUCAUUCAGAGUAGCAGAAAACAUUUCAUACUCUGAAAGAACCAGUGUAACAGAGAGAGAAGAAUGGAAAACUCAAGGAAGAAAUUUAUUGAUCUGAUAGAAAAAGCGAUGGGUGUUGCUGACACAAUGGACCGUGAGGAACUGCUUUUUUCUUACAAGGGRAUUCUCUACCCUGCUACUAUUUGCAGUCCUGAAGCAUUCAGAGCCAUGGAGUCCUUUGAAGCUAGACCUGAUGAUGUCAUUUUAGCAGGAUACCCUAAAACUGGUACAAAUUGGGUAGGUCAGAUCUUAACUGAUCUGAUAGCAACAUUUGAAAAGAGAAAUCAAGAUGAAGAAAACCAUGUGAAUAAAGAAGAACUAGAAGAAUUCCCCUACCUUGAAAUUGGAGAUGCUGAGAAAUAUGAGCGAAUGAGCAAAUUACCAUCUCGAAGAGUUAUAUUUACUCAUCUCAUUCCUGAGAAUCUUCCCAGGUCAAUCUUCAAAAGUAAAGCCAAGAUAUUACUGCUGCUUCGCAAUCUGAAAGAUGUAGCUACAUCAUUUUACCAUUUUUCCAAUGCCUUAUCUGCUCUUCCCUCCUAUGAAUCCUGGGAUGAUUUCUUCAUAGCCUUCAUGACUGGGAAAAUGCCCUGGGGAUCCUACUUUAAUUACCUUUCUGAAUGGAACAAGCAUGUUGAUGAUAAAAAUAUCAUGACCAUAACUUAUGAAGAGCUGAAAGAGAAUCAGGCCCUGGGAGUGAAAAAUAUAGCUGCUUUCCUUGGGCUUUCACUGACUGAGGAAGAGAUUCAGGAUAUUGUAGAAAGGAGCAGUUUCCAAUCUAUGAAGAAGAACUCACCAAAGACACAUGGAGCGCUGGGCACUGCACUCUUUCGUAAAGGUGGCGUAUGUGACUGGAAGAGUUUCUUCAAUGAAGAUCAGAACCAGGCAAUGGACAAAGCAUUUGAAGAACUCUUAGCAGGAACGAAGCUGGGUACAAAGUUAAAGUAUGAAAUAUACUGUAAAAACUGAUGCAUGAAGUAUACAUCAAAAUACGAUAUGGUUAGCACAGGAGCUUUCCACUCUCUAAUAAUCCAAAUGAUAAAAACUAGAAAACUAGCACAAUAAUGGAUAAUAGGGUUUUGGUUGAGACGUGAUGUCUUUGACCUCCUUUGGUUACACUCAUUUACUGAAUAAGAUGCUAAUAAAUCAUAUUCAAAUAAAUUUGAUAGUCCUGUUUCAGUAGCUAUCACCUGGAAGGAAAUACAUGCAUUUUCUUUCCAGCUAAGUUCAGUCUUUUUAGAUAGCAAAAACUAAGUAGUAUGUGGAGGUCUUUAUGCAAAAAUGUUUCAGAUAAGGCAAUAACUUUUAUAAAAAAAAUCACUAGGAAAAGAAACAAACAGUCCAACACAACCUUAAUUAAUAAAGAUGUGAACCUUCCCCUGACUUCAGAGUAAACAGCAUCAAAGCUAGAUGGAGAGGAAUGAAGGGGAAUGAAGACUAUUUUUAAGGAUUUAAAAUUUUCUGAAUGCAGAAUUU